UUUCAGAAAAGAAACAGAGACUGGAAGACUUUCUUUAAGUGCGGUCGUGUCUUCAAGACUUUGUGGACAGAUCCUUAUAAUGAGUCUGCGAGGGAUGCCAGCGACCAUAGUCAAUUUAAAAGCGAGGUCGUUUUCCAGGUUGCACUUGGACAAUACGUAUACUCCAAGGUCAGACGCUUUGUGGUCGUCAGCUUGAGAGACAGGAGCUGUCAAUGCCUCCCCAUCACUACAUAUGAUGGGAAGGGAUAUGAGAAGAGGGGCAUCCGUCUUAAUGAGCACGGCUUGAUAUAUAUUGGCGACAGGCGACCGACAAAUGUAAGAGGUAUUACCAAGAUACCACUUCGGCUCAGACCGCCUGGUCAAGGUGGCGAAAGACUUAACAAAACUUCGUACAUCAACUAUGGUCGCACUUACAGUGUCGACUGCCAUGUCAAGGUCAAAGACCUUGGCAUACUC